GGCGGGGGGGGUUCCCCCAGUUGCCUGGGUCCCCCCAGCCGUGACCCCCCCCCCGGCGCCCCCCCCCCAGCCAUGUCCAUCCAGAAGAUCGUGGCCAGGGAGAUCCUGGAUUCCCGGGGGAACCCCACGGUGGAGGUGGACCUGCAGACGGACAAGGGGCGCUUCCGGGCCGCCGUCCCCAGCGGAGCCUCCACCGGGAUCCACGAGGCCCUGGAGCUCCGGGACGGGGACAAGAGCCGGUACCUGGGCAAAGGUGUGCUGAAGGCUGUGGAGCACAUCAACAAGACCAUCGGCCCGGCCCUGGUGGAGAAGAAAAUCAGCGUGGUGGAGCAGGAGAAGAUCGACAAGCUCAUGAUCGACAUGGACGGCACCGAGAAUAAAUCCAAAUUUGGGGCAAACGCCAUCCUGGGGGUGUCGCUGGCUGUCUGCAAAGCGGGCGCAGCCGAGAAGGGCGUCCCGCUCUACCGGCACAUCGCCGACCUCGCCGGCAACGCCGACCUCGUCCUGCCCGUGCCGGCCUUCAACGUCAUCAAUGGCGGUUCCCACGCGGGCAACAAGUUGGCCAUGCAGGAGUUCAUGAUCCUGCCGGUGGGGGCCAGCAGCUUCCGGGAGGCCAUGCGCAUCGGGGCCGAGGUCUACCACAACCUCAAGGGCGUCAUCAAGGCCAAGUACGGCAAAGACGCCACCAACGUGGGCGACGAGGGCGGCUUCGCCCCCAACAUCUUGGAGAACAACGAAGCGCUGGAGCUGCUGAAGGCGGCCAUCGGGCAGGCCGGGUACCCCGACAAGGUGGUGAUCGGGAUGGACGUGGCGGCCUCCGAGUUCUGCCGCGAGGGACGCUACGACCUGGACUUCAAAUCCCCCCCCGACCCCCAGCGCCUCAUCACCGGGGAGCAGCUGGGGCAGCUCUACCAGAGCUUCAUCAAGGACUACCCCGUGGUGUCGAUCGAGGACCCCUUCGACCAGGACGACUGGGAGGGGUGGCAGCGGUUCCUGGGGCAGGUCGACAUCCAGGUGGUGGGGGACGACCUGACGGUCACCAACCCCCGGCGCAUCCAGCGGGCGGCCGAGCUCCGCGCCUGCAACUGCCUCCUGCUGAAGGUCAACCAGAUCGGCUCCGUCACCGAGUCCAUCCAGGCGUGCAAGCUGGCCCAGAGCCACGGCUGGGGGGUGAUGGUCAGCCAUCGCUCGGGCGAGACCGAGGACACCUUCAUCGCCGACCUCGUCGUGGGGCUCUGCACGGGCCAGAUCAAGACGGGCGCCCCCUGUCGCUCCGAGCGCUUGGCCAAGUACAACCAGCUGAUGAGGAUCGAGGAGGCGCUGGGGGACAAGGCCAAAUUCGCCGGCCGCAAGUUCAGGAACCCCAAGGCCAAGUAGGAUGGGGACCAACGGGGGCCACCAACGCCCCCCCGGGGGCCACCAACACCCCCCUGGGGGCCACCAAGGUUCCCCCCGGGGGGGGUCACCCCCGCAACCCCCCAUUAAACGCUCCAGAGCACGACAAA